AUGUCAGCUAUUAACGAUACCAGAUUCCAGUCUGCAGUGUUCCUUCUCACCGGGAUACCUGGGAAGGAAGACGUCCAUCUCUGGAUCUCUAUCCCCUUUUGCAUAAUGUAUGCUAUUGCAAUAGUAGGAAAUUCAUUCAUUCUGUUCAUUAUAAAAGCAGAUCCAAGCCUCCACGAGCCCAUGUACAUUUUCCUUUUCGUGUUGGCCCUCACCGACCUUUCCUUAUCGAUAUCCACCAUGCCCACGACGUUGGGCAUAUUCUUGUUGAACUUUAGGGAGAUUAGCUUUGAUGCCUGUUUUGCCCAGGUGUUCUUCAUCCACACACUGGAAUGCAUUGAAUCCUCUGUGCUUUUGCUGAUGGCCUUUGACCGCCUCAUCGCAAUCCGUGAUCCACUGAGAUACGCUUCCAUCUUAACCCUGCCAAAAAUAGUCAAGAUGGGGCUGGUGUGUGUGCUUAGAGGGGCGGCUGUCAUACUUCCACUCCCCAUUCUCUUGAAAAUGUUCCGAUACUGUCGAGACAACGUCCUCUCCCAUUCCUACUGCCUGCACCAGGAGGUCAUGACGAUGGCUUGUUCGGAUUUUAGAGUUAAUAGUGUCUAUGGCUUAUCGGUUGCACUCUUAACUGUGGGGUUGGACUCGCUGCUUAUCUUUCUCUCUUAUGUGAUGAUCCUCAAAACGGUGCUGAGCGUCACCACCUGCGUCUCCCAUCUCUGUGCCCUCUUGCUCUUCUACAUACCUGAGAUUGGUUUGUCUGUGAUACACAGAUUCGGGAGUAGCUCUUCUCACUUGCUUCAGGUUCUCUUUGGAUAUGUCUACCUACUCAUCCCACCCCUGAUGAACCCAAUCGUGUACAGUGUGAAAAGCAAACACCUGCGUGAGAGGAUCAUCCGGGUGUUUGCCAAGUGA